AUGUCAAGAACUAUUCGUAUCGCCGCGGCCCAGAUGGGCACGACCAACAAAUGGGAUUCCCGCGAAGCAACCAUAACCCGGAUGCUUCAUCUUCUGCAAGAGGCAUGCAACCAAGGAGCUCAGUUGGUUCUAUUCCCCGAAAUCGCCUUUACUACCUUCUUCCCCCGCUAUCUGAUCUUCGACAACGACGAACUGGAGUCCUGGUUUGAACAUGGCGAUAUCCGCACUGCAGAUAAUACCAGGGCCCUUUUCGAUGCUGCGCGAGAAUUGUCUGUUGAUAUCUGCGUCGGCUUCGCAGAAGCUACAGACGAUGGACAGCAUUUUAACAGCUGUGUCUACUACCAUGCUACCACUGGGUCAAUCCUGUGCAAAUACCGCAAGAUCCAUCUUCCGGGAGACAAAGAACCACUCCCAGAUCCAAAUGCAGUCAAUCAGUUGGAGAAAAGAUACUUUCUUCCUGGAAAUCUGGGUUUCAACGCUUUUCGAGUACCGGGUUUGGUGUCGUCAGACCAGCCAGAUCCCAUUUUCGGCAUGAUGAUCUGCAACGAUAGGCGCUGGGCGGAAUCAUGGCGUGUACUCGGUCUCCAAGGAGUUGAGGUCGUCCUGGAGGGAUACAAUACCAACGCCAAUGCCCCUGUUUUCUGGGGAAUUUCUGCCGACAUGAAGCCUGAGGAAGCAGAGGAAUUAUCUCUCUUUCAUCAUAAGCUUGUUUUACAGUGUUUCUCAUACACGAAUGCAACCUUCUCCGUCAGUGCAGCUAGAUGCGGCCUCGAUGAUGGGAAAUACCCUCUCAUUGGGGGCUCGAUGAUCGUCGAUCCAGAAGGGAGAACUAUCGCCGAGAAUAAAACGGUUGCAGAUGAGGUGAUUAUCGCAGACUGUGAUUUGACUCUAUGCCGUGCUGGAAAGAAACGAACAUUUGAUUUUGCUCGUCAUCGCAGAAUUGAGCAUUAUGGACGGAUUACCGCGCAAACAGGGGUCAUUGAACCCCCUCUUUUGACCGAUUCACCAGAAGAUAGUAUUGUGAAGAGUAACAUCAAGCGAAUCCUCCUAGUCAACCCCAACUCGUCCAAAUUCAUAACGGACAAUUGCCUGGCGAUCGUUAAGCCGACGUUAUCACCAGACGUGCAGGUGGAUGGGUUCACUGCCCCAGUUCCUGCACCGACAGCUGUUGAAGGCGUCCUCGAUGCAGUCAUGUCAACGGCAACAACAAUCAGAGCAAUCCUAUCCCAAACAGACCAAUACGAUGCAUUCCUCGUCACAUGUUACAGUGACCAUCCCCUCAUCCGCGCUCUACGCGAGGAACUUUCCGCCCCAGUGAUUGGAAUCAUGGAAGCAAGUCUGUUUGCUGCCAGGACGGUUGGAAACCGAUUCGGCGUUGUUGCUACCUCAUCCCGAUCGACUGUUUUACAUGAAGAUGCAAUCCGGCAUUAUGGCUUCGAUAGAUUUUGUGUCGGAGUGGAGAGUUGCGGAUUAGGGGUUUUGGGAUUGGACAAUCAGGAUGAAGGAGUGGUGUUGCAGGCUAUGAGUGAGGCUGCCACACGACUUGUCGAGAAGGGAGCAGAUACAAUUACGUUGGGGUGUGCUGGAAUGGCAAAGUUGAAGGGCGUUGUAGAAGAGGCAAUUGGGGAGGAUGUGCAGGUUGUCGAUGGCGUUGUUGCCGGAGUGCAUCAUCUCAUUGGGAUGAUUAGAAUGGGAAGCAAGACUGCUAAACGGGGGGUUUAUACAAGCUCCAGAGAGGGGAGAAUGGCUCGAAAACAGGACUUUCUGUGA